UGGACUCUGGAGCCUUGCUUCUUUCAUGCUUCAGCAGUUAAAUGAUGCAUCCUUUGAUACAUUGUCUGCAAAACCAAAGAUCUUUACUCAACCAGAGGCGCUGGCUGAAGUUCUGCUUGAGGCUUACACUGGUGCUAUCAAUGCAAAAGUUGAACGUAGAGAGCAGGAGAAAGGACUCUUGGAAGAGUACUGGAGCAGGAGGGAUGUACUCCUUAAUUCACUGUAUCAACAGACUAAGGAUCUUCUAAGAACUGGACAGCAGGAUUUUGAAGGAAGUAAGCAAGACGAAAUACAUAAAGACCUCCUGACACGUUUGCUGGGUGUCGCAAAGCAGCACGAGUGCUAUAGCACUCUAUGGAACAUAUGCUGCGAUCUCAAUGAUUAUGCUGCUUAA